AUGUACAACUCCAGCCAUGUUUUAAACACCCUCGACAAGGUUGCUCGCCGGAGCAUUUCACCUUUCGUCGGCGGCAUGCCUCGCAUCUGGACCGAGGUUAGCGCACAUUUUUCGCAGCGCGACGCCCAAGACGCGACAAGAACAGAGGGGGUGGAAAGCUCUUACGCAUUAGCCGAUCGCGGAUUUGGAGCCACCAUGGUAUAG